CACCCCGGCCCACUCACCCGCCGUCGGUCGCCCUGCUCGUCGUGGGAUCUCCUGUCCGCGCGACGCUCUUCCCCGUGCACGACAUCGCCGACCCGCCAGCCCGCAGCCCGCCCGCACGCCAGCCUCGCGACCGCCUGCUGCAAUUGCACCCGGGGAGACUCCCUACGUGUUCGCGCCCCGCAAGUGCCCUCACGCCACCGUGUCAUCCGACAGCCCGAGCCUCGUUCUCCGCGAAACGCCUAUAAAGUACGCAAUCGACUGCACCCCAGCUUAAUCCUUAUCGCCUAUCCAUCGCACCUCCACAAUGGCCCAGCAACAGCAAAAUGGCGAGCCUGUCAUGCGAAGAAAACUCGUAAUCAUCGGCGACGGAGCUUGUGGUAAGACUAGUUUACUCAGCGUGUUCACGCUAGGCUAUUUCCCCACGCGUUACGUCCCUACCGUCUUUGAAAACUACGUUACAGACUGCAGAGUGGACGGCAAGUCGGUGCAGCUAGCAUUGUGGGAUACAGCCGGACAAGAAGAUUACGAGCGCCUACGCCCACUCGCCUACAGCAAAGCGCACGUCAUCCUCGUCGGCUUCUCCGUCGACUCCCCCGACUCGUUAGAAAACGUCAAGCACAAGUGGGCUGAAGAGGCGCGGGAACGCUGUCCAGGCGUUCCCAUCAUUUUGGUCGGCUUGAAGAAGGAUCUUCGUGAAGAUCCCCUCGCCCAGGAGGAAAUGCGCAAAAAGUCCCUUCGCUUCACGACUACUAAGCAAGGGAGCGAUAUGAAGGAGAUGAUUGGCGCGCGGAAAUACCUCGAGUGUAGUUCACUGACAGGCGAUGGUGUCGACGACGUUUUCGAGGCCGCGACGCGCGCUGCGCUCCUGUCGGUGGAUAAGAAGGAGGGAGGCGGCUGCUGCGUUAUCCUAUGAGUCCCGGCAUUGGACGUACACGAUAGACAGUUUUCUGAUUCUGGUUCUCGGUCAUUGAUUUGCAUUGGGCGGCGUUGUAUUAUCGAAUCGCCAUUAUUGCUUCGUCAUUGUUUUUCCAACGGGCGUUUCUGAGCGCUUCCCCCCCUUGUUUCGUCACCUUUUCGUUCUUGUCCCCCUUGUCGCUUUUCAUUCUUGGUAAAAAAGUUCUCUCUAGUUGGCGGGGGACUUUUUUGGAGACUGGUUCUGGUGGUGGAUAUAUUGGGCUCGUGCGUGUGGCAUAUAU